GAGGGCGAGGGGUAGUGCGGAAUCACACCGGCGAUGACGCUUGAUACAUUCAGAGCGUCCGCAGCCGGGUUUACUAGAGGUGUCAGAGGCCCUUCACUUUUCACUUUGGCCGCAGUUCGCUGCGCAAGCGCCGCAUGAUCUGCACGCUAACGAUUCGACCUUUUUCGCGACUAAUCCCAGGAAGCAGGGAGCGGGAGUGCAGACGGUUGAGUGCGGCAGGAAAAAAGCUAACCAACUAAGUGUCCCGCCGAGUGUGAAGGUCCGCCCUUCUGGUCGAGGGUGCGGAUGUUGAGACAGAGGUUUAUUUCGUUCCAGUAGGUGUCCUUCCGCCAUGCCUUCGCGCCGCAAAGGUACGGUCAGCUGCAGCGAGGCGUUCGCCUCGACGGCGGCCAACGGUAUAUCUGCGGGCGCCUACUAUCGGCGUGGCCCCGGCGGCAACUUCAUCCAGGACAGCUUCCACAGCUCCACCGACAUGCCCACGUAUAUCGCGUGGCAGACGCUGUCCACCGACUUGUCUGAGCGCAUGCGCCAGGGCUCGGUGCGUCUAAGCCGGACCAACACGCUCGAGUAUGCGCCCAUCGCCGAGGACGAUGAGAAGACGCCGUUGUUAAACAUACAGGACGCCGCGAGCUUCUCAAAGUCAUCCGUCUCCACGCCCACUGUUGAGCAAGGGGUCGCAUGGACUGUGGCCGCCUUCCUGUUGGUCAACUCUGCUUUGGGGGCCGGAGUGCUCAACUAUCCGGCUGCUUAUGAUCGCGCUGGCGGCAUUCUGGCGGCAACGCUCCUACAAAUACUCAUGAUCUGCUUGAACGUGGUGACCAUGCUGAUCCUGGGCUACUGCGCCGACCUGAAUGGUGACAAUACCUUCCACGACGUGCUGCUGACCACGUGUGGCCGCCGAGCCCAGCAGAUUGCAGCCGCAUCGAUCUUGCUAUCUUGCUACGGCGUCUGCAUCACCUUCCUCAUCGUCAUCGGUGACCAGUACGACCGGCUGUUCACAUCGCUGCUUGGUCCCCUCUUCUGCCACGAGUGGUACCUGAACCGCCAGUUCACCACGUGCGCCACUGCCGUGCUAUUCAUCCUGCCACUCUGCUACUUCCAGCGUCUGGACUUCCUCAAAUACGCCAGCACGCUCGGAAUCUUCGUCAUGCUGUACCCCGUUUUCCUGACGAUAUUUAUUUUUUCCACGGAAGAGCUGGAGAUAGUCACCAUGAAGACAAAACCGGACAGCCUUAUCGACCUUGUCGUGAUCCUGCCAGUCAUCUGCUUUGCGUACCAGGCGCACGAGGUUGUAGUCCCCAUCUACGCGAACAUGCGUGACAGACGACUGGCGAAUCUAGCCAAGGCCACAAUCCUGACCACCGCCUUCCUGUUCAUCAUUUACACGCUCAUGGGCACAUUUGGCUACAUGGCCUAUGGCUCGGUCGUCAAGCCGGACAUCAUGCAGAUGUUCGAUGCCUCCAAUCCUUGGGUCCUAUUCGGCAUCGUCGCCCUCAUAGUCAAGAUGGUCACCACGUACCCACUGCUCACCUUCUGCGGUCGGGGAGCCUUCGACGGCUUGUACGCAGAGUUUACGAAGCUACCAGCGAAGGAAUUUAUCAAAGGGGAGUCGCGGAGGCGCAUCUUCAUCACCACAGGCUGGUUUCUGACCACCGUUGGGUUCGCCACUUUCACAUCCAAUGUUGGCGUUGUGAUCGACCUGCUUGGCUGUUUGGCAGCUGCCAACAUAUUCAUUUUUCCAGGUCUCUGCCUUCUGGGCGUGUUUCACCAGCAAGAGAAAUUUGGCCUGAGGCGGCCCAUGGUAGCGUUUGCCAUCGGUGCCGUCAUGGUUGUCAUCGGCAGCUUCAUCUUCGGCGUGGUGCUGCUCAAUACCAUCAUGCAUGACAUCACCGAGGGCGACUCGCAUCACUUGCUUUGCACGUAACCGCGCUGUAACCCCCUCCCUUUCUCGGUGCCUGUUUAUAUUGAUAGAAGUGUGACUGCGCCAUCUUUUAUGCCGUUUUACGCUUUAAAUAUCUAACUUAAGUGUAGUAUGAAUUGUGGUUUUACUGCUUCCUGAUUAGCAUUGCUUUCUGAUCGAGUGCACGUGUUCUUGUGAGAAAUAAAUGCAAUCUCAGUACACCUUUUAUUACUCGACAUCUUGCGCCUGCUUUACCACGAUUGCUCUUUGUUGCUGCUGACCGGCCGUUUCACAAUGGAGACGCACAACGCGUACAAAUCUGUGGUGUUGUCAGAUUGUUGAUGUACGGAUUCCAUGAAAGGACGACACUUGGGAAGUACGACUGUUGUAAAAUAAAAUACUUUGUGUGGUAA